GGGAGAUAGUUUUUACAAGUGGUUCGCUUGAUCUACUCUGUGAAACCUGCUUUAUAGAGAUUAAGUGAUAACGUUUUUGGACAGAUUAAGACUGUGUAGUUUGGCAAACUUUGAACGUAUCGUAUUUAAUCCGCGGAGAUUUAUUAAUGCUUUACAUAGCUUUAAAUAGCUUCCUUUUCAGAGUAUGUGUUGUAGCAUGAACGAUUGAGCAAAUGAUUGUAUAUAAUAUAUGCGUGGAUGAGGAUCAAAUGUAUAUUUACACCAGCUAUGACGUCAAUGGCAUAAUCAUGUGUCUCUGUGGUAAUUGAGUGAUAUGCAGUUGGAUAGUGGUUACAAUUAAUAAGCUAUUCACACAAUUAACUGCUUGAAUCUUGAUUUUAAUCGUAUAUAGAAGAGGAUAUGGAAAACUGUCAGGAAGAUAGUACAGCAGCAAAGCAUUGACAUUACGGCGAGGCUAGGCUAGAAGCGCAAGUGGUGACUUGGUGGCAGGCAGCGUCGACUGUGCAGGUGCUACUACCAACAAAGCAGCAGCUGCAGUCUACAAGAUGGCUGCCAACGAGGGGGAGCAGGUGGACGCGGUGCGUUCAACGUUCGGGCUCACCGUGCUGGAGCUGAGAGAGCUGAUGAAACUUAGGAAAGAAGAGGGGUUUGAUACCGUAACAACCCAGUUUGGAGGGGUUACGGAAAUGUGCAAGAAACUGUAUACUUCAGCCAAUGAAGGUUUAUCAGGAAGUCCAGCCGAUUUGGAACAUAGGAGAGAAGUGUUCGGAGCAAAUGUGAUACCGCCAAAACCGCCCAAGACGUUCCUGCAGCUCGUGUUCGAAGCCAUUCAGGACGUCACCCUUAUCAUCCUUCUAUGUGCAGCUAUUCUGUCAUUAGCAUUAUCAUUUUACGAGGGUGGUACACUCGAAGAGGACAAGGAAGGUGGUUGGUGA